AUGGCCCGGGAGCUGAGCCAGGAAGCGCUCCUGGACUUCCUGUGCCAGGCCGGGGGCCGGGUGACCAACGCCGCCUUGCUGAGCCACUUCAAGAGCUUCCUCCGCGACCCCGACGCGCCCCCCGGGCAGCAGCAGCGCCGCCGCGAGCUUUUCAAGGGUUUCGUCAACUCGGUCGCCGCAGUGCGCCAGGACCCCGACGGCACCAAGUUCGUGGUGCUCAAGAGGAGGUACCGGGACCUUGUGGGGGAGGAGGAGGGGCUGCGGCGACCCCGCGACCCGCCCGCGGCCGCCGCCCCUGCAGGGGGAGCUGCGCCCCGCUCCCCGCUCCCCGCGCGCCGAGGGGAGCAGCCGCCGCAACCGCAGCAGGGGAGGCGGAUCCGGCGCGAGGAGGCGCCAGCAGGUGCCGCAGCGGUCGCCGACGCAGGUUGCAAUGGACUCCCCGCGGGCGGCGCCCGGGAGGUGGCGCGGGGAGGCGGCAGGCCGAGGGGCCGCUCCGGCCAUCGGGCGCCGGUGCCCGCGGCCGCGGUGGCGGCGGCUGCUCAGGACCGAGCCAGGUGCGCGGCGGCGGAGACGCAGGGCCGCUGCUGCUGGGAAUGCCUCCAGAACGGCCUGGGGGGGCUCCCGGACCCUGCCAGCGCCAGCGCCGCGGAGAAGCCGGCCCAGGACGACCGCGGGGCUCCCAGGCCGCACCGGGAAGGUGCGCCCGCGGAGCCCCCGCCAGGGCCUGCCGCGCCCCGCUCGCCUCCUGCCACCGUCGAGGCUGCUGCAGCGCCCGCUGUCUUGUCCAGCCCCAGUCCCCCAGGAGAUCCGCCCGCGCCGGUGACCCCGGGCCCCGUGCUCUACUCCACUCUGCAGCAGCAGCAGCAGCGCACUCGCGAGUGGGUAGCCAGACACCCCCAGGUACCCGAGGCCCGGGACCACGGCCCCGUCCGAGCCUGGUCGGUGCUGCCAGACGACUUCGCUCGGCUGCCCUCGGAGCAGGGCUCCUGGGUCCAGGAAUCUGAGUCAGCGCCCCUGGACCCCCCUCCUCCCUCUCAGUCUCUCGUCGCUCCCACUGUUUCGGAAGCCUGGUCCGGGGAUUCUCCGCUGGCAGUCUUUCGUAGCAUUCGAUGUCAGCUGUCCCUCCAGGAUUUGGAGGACUUCGUGGAACAGGAGAGCCAUGGCAGUGAGGAGAGCAGCAGCGGCCCCAAAGAGUCCCCUGGAGGUUCCGAAGACGGGCUGCGUCUGGCCCUGGGAGCCUCAGAUGGGAGAAGGCUCAGGAAUCCAGCUGGGGCCCCGUCUCCGAAGGAGGCCAGGCCCACCAGGAGCCCCCAGGGCCUCAGGAAUGUAGGAGAUGCUCACACCUCUCAGCCCAUCUCCACAGGAGCUGAUGGUCCUGCAGGCGACCCCCAACCUUUAUCCUGGCCAGCUCCCAAACUAAGGAGAUCCCGAAGGAGAAGCUCUAGGGCGGGGAGAGCCAGAUUGUCCUCCUCUGAGGAAGAGUGCCUUGAGGAGGAUUUGCUGAAAAGGAGCCGCCGCCCUCCCCGGGCCAGGAAACCCUCCAGAGUGGGAGCCAUGUCCAGCCCAAGGGUGGAUGCUGCAUUGACACUAGCAAAUGCAGACGUUAAGGCUGCCACCUCCGAGCGGGAUCAUCCACGCAGCUGGUGGGCCCCUGGAGGGGACAGGCCCACAGCCUUGGUCCCCCACAGAUAUUCGGAGCACAAGUCAUCCCUCGUCCCCCUUGAUGCCAGGGAGCAUGAAUGGAUCGUGAAGCUGGCCAGUGGCUCUUGGAUUCGGGUGUUGAGUUUGUUCUGGGAGGAUCCCCAGCUGGCUUUGCACAAAGACUUCUUGACCGGGUACACUGCCCUGCACUGGAUAGCCAAACACGGUGCCCUCAGGGCCCUUCAGGACUUGGUCUCAAGUGCACAGAAAGCAGGGGUUGCUCUUGAUGUGAAUGUGAAGUCCAGCUGUGGGUACACCCCGCUGCACCUUGCGGCCAUUCACGGCCACCAGGGGAUCAUCAAAUUGCUUGUGCAAAGGCUGGCGUCUCGUGUAAACGUCCGAGACAGCAGUGGGAAGAAGCCUUGGCAGUAUCUGACCAGUAAUACCUCUGGGGAAAUAUGGCAGCUACUGGAAGCCCCACGGGGCAAGCCCAUUUUCCCCGCCUAUUCGUUGGUUCGUAGCUCUUCCCCCACCAGGAAGGCCAAGAGCCAGGAAGUAUCUCGACAUGUCACCCGAAAGACUUCCUUAGCUGCACUCCUCAAAGGUCAGCACGCCAAAUGGAAGCUGGCCAACCAGUAUGAGAAAUGCCCCAAUCUGAGGGAAAGAGAAGAGGACAGUGACUGA